AUGGCGGCGGCUUUGGAAUGCUGGUCAAGUCGAACUAGCACUGACGAGGAUAUGGUGGAGCAAGUUUUAAUGCGAACCCAAGACAGAUCCGAAUGCCCACCGGAGAACAACCUUUCAUCCUCCUCUGCCACCACCUCCUCCUCCGCCGCAGCUUUCAAAGACUCCUCCGCCAUGCAGAAGCGGUUCCAGAGGCUUGGCCGCAAUGUCUCCGAGGCCAUUGCCUCUCUCAAAAACACUUUAAAUCUCGACUCGGCCCGAGACCCGCCAGUUUCGAGCCCGAGCGGACAGACCGAGGCUUGCCGGAAACAUGUGUGGAGCAGUGUUGUACGAAGCUUGACUCAGUUGUACCCUGGUAGUCAACUCCCCGAAAAAUUGGUGUCCAAUCUUCGCAAGCAUUACGAUUCUUUACCCCUCAGUUAUGCUCAAGCGGGAUUUGAAAUGAAGGAUGUGUUUUUACAUAUAAAAUUAAUAGAGCAAGCAUUAGCGGAGGACCAUCCAGCAAUAAUGAUACAAGAUGUGUCUAGUGAUGAAGUGAACGGGUGUGUGUUCAAGCUGACAUUUGCAUGUAAUUCGGCAGUUUCGUGGUCAUCCAUGUCUGGGGCCCUUGACAAUGCUUCGAUUUGCUGUAAAAAAUUGCAGAUCUUUGAGAAGAAAGGAUUCACAUUGGGAACAGUUUUGCUAUUGGUUCAGUCAGGGCAGGAAACGGUGUUCAAAACCCAAAUCGGAAAUGCCCUUAAAUCGGCUUUGAAGAAGCCGAAGACUAAUUCCAUUAAGCUCCCGUUUGGGCUUUGCGGGUGCCAACAAGAGAGUACCAGAGGGAGAGAGCUUGGAGAGAUUCCAGAGGAUUAUGGCGAUCAGAAUAGUAGAAAUGGGGUUGAGACUCUAGACCCGAAGAUUCAGUUACAAAAGCCUUUGCCUAAUGAUUUAAUUGUGGUUUCGGUCAAUGAAUGGCAGACUGUGAUUUCUGGUAAGGAUGGGAUUGGGAAGUGGUUGUUGAAUUGUGAUAGUGUUGAAAUUAUUGAUCAGACUGGACCGAGUACAUUUAAGGGCGUUUAUAGGGGUAAAAAAGUUGGCAUUGAGAAGCUCAAGGGGUGUGAUAAAGGAAAUGCAUAUGAAUUUGAGCUAAGACAAGAUUUGUUGGAGUUGAUGACUUGUGGGCAUAAGAAUAUCUUACAGUUUUACGGGGUGUUCAUUGAUGAGAAUCAAGGGUUGUGUGUCGUGACUAAGUUAAUGGAUGGUGGAUCUGUUCAUGACUUGAUUAUGAAGAACAAAAGGCUUCAAACUAAAGAGAUUUUAAGGAUUGCAACUGAUGUGGUGGAGGGAAUUAAGUUCAUGAAUGAUCAUGGUGUUUCAUACAGAGAUUUGAAUACUCAGAGGAUCUUAUUGGAUAAACGUGGGAAUGCAUGCUUAGGGGAUAUGGGAAUUGUUGUUGCUUGCAACAAUGUUGGUGAGGCUAUGGAGUAUGAAACUGACGGAUAUAGGUGGCUGGCUCCUGAGAUAAUUGCAGGUGAUCCAGAAAAUGUUACAGAGACAUGGAUGAGUAAUGCCUAUAGUUUUGGGAUGACGCUCUGGGAGAUGGUUACUGGUGAGGUUGCUUAUUCGGCUUAUUCACCAGUGCAGGCCGCUGUCGGAAUAGCUGCAUGCGGGCUUAGACCUGAAAUUCCGAAGGACUGCCCUCAAAUCCUGAGAUCUUUGAUGAUCAAGUGCUGGAACAAUUGCCCUUCAAAACGUCCUCAAUUCUCUGAAAUUCUGACAACUUUGACUCGUACCAGCAACAAUGUCAUCAAUAGCGUUAGGUAA